AUGUUCCUGCUUCGAGUGUGGUUUUUCUGUGUCGUGAUCCUUGCCCUGGACCUGUUUCCCACCAGAGCCUGGGACUAUUGCCAGGAGCACUGGUGUCGCCGUUCCAACGACCAUGUGGCAUGCAACAACAACGGCACUUUCGGAGUCGAGUGCGGCAGUGAGGCCCGAUUAAUACCGCUGAGCAAUCGGCUGCGCACGUUCAUCGUCCAUCAGGUCAACUUCUAUCGCAACCAGGUGGCGUCGGGCGGAUUCGCCGGCUUUAAGGCCGCCCACCGGAUGGCCAGUGUCCGCUGGGAUCCGGAGCUGGCCAAGUUGGCGGAGCUGGCGGCCAAGAGGUGCAGCCUCGCGGGCGACGAGUGCCGCAACACCAGGCGCUUCAAGCACGUGGGCCAGCUGACGGGGCAUGUGAUUUUCAGCGCGGGACGGCACAGCGACUUGGAGCUGCUGGGCUACAAGAUAUCCAACUGGUUUGGCCAGUACAAAAGGGCCACCAAGGAGCUGGGUGUGUCGGAUCCGGCCAGUGACAUCACCAGUUUCCGCCAACUGAUGCAGGAGCGGGCCACCCACAUGGGAUGUGGAGUGCUCCGGCAGCGAAGUGACCAGCGCUGGCACCAGCAGUUCAUCGUCUGCAACUUUGCCCGCGAGAAUGUGGUCGGGGAACCCGCCUACGAGGUGGGCCUCCUCUCCGGCACCGGCUGCCAGUCGGGUCGCAAUCCGCGCUACCCCAAUCUCUGCGCCCUCGAGGAGCACUACGAUGUGAACGCCGUCGACCGCUUCCACAUCAAGCCACCGCUUCGAAUCGCAAUCAAGUACAGUGAGGACCAGGCAACGAAGCCUGUUCCUGGCUUGGCCUAUCAUCCCAACAUCAAGUUGGCAUUUCUCUAAAUGGAGAUAAAGGGUUUACUUUUUUAAAUACCCCAAACUUGUGUAUUUAUAUGAAUGUAUUUUGAAUAUGUAUUUCUUACUAUUUUGAAAUGUAAUACAAUUUUUCAAAACAAUUCUUAA